GGAGGUGGGGGGGGAGCCUGGGGCAGGACCGUAGGCCUAGACCGAGAGGGAUCCUCUCGGCACCUCCACCGCCAUCACGGCCGCGAUGCUCAAUAUGUGGAAGGUCCGGGAGCUGGUGGACAAGGCCACCAAUGUUGUUAUGAAUUAUUCAGAAAUCGAGUCUAAGGUUCGAGAAGCAACCAAUGAUGAUCCAUGGGGACCUUCGGGGCAGCUCAUGGGAGAGAUUGCCAAGGCUACAUUUAUGUAUGAACAGUUUCCUGAACUUAUGAAUAUGCUUUGGACACGAAUGCUAAAAGAUAACAAAAAGAACUGGAGGAGAGUAUAUAAGUCUCUGCUGCUCCUAUCUUACCUCAUAAGGAAUGGAUCAGAGCGUGUUGUUACAAGUGCCAGAGAACACAUUUAUGAUUUGCGAUCCCUGGAAAAUUACCACUUUGUAGAUGAGAAUGGCAAAGACCAAGGUAUAAAUAUUCGUCAGAAGGUGAAAGAAAUGGUAGAAUUUGCCCAAGAUGAUGAUAGGCUUCGUGAAGAGAGGAAAAAGGCAAAGAAAAACAAAGAUAAAUAUAUUGGGGUUUCUUCUGACAGUGUUGGAGGAUUCAGAUAUAGUGAAAGAUAUGAUGCUGAGCCCAAGUCAAAGUGGGAUGAAGAAUGGGAUAAAAGCAAAACUGGCUUUCCCUUCAGUGAUAAACUAGGUGAGCUGAGUGACAAAAUUGGAAGCACAAUUGAUGACACCAUCAGCAAGUUCCGGAGGAAAGACAGAGAGGAUUCUCCUGAAAGAUGCAGUGAUAGCGAUGAGGAAAAGAAAUCUAGAAGAGGUAAAUCCCCAAAAGGUGAAUUUAAAGAUGAAGAGGAGACGGUGACAACAAAACACAUUCAUAUUACACAAGCUACAGAGACCACCACCACCAGACACAAACGCACAGCAAAUCCUUCCAAAACCAUUGACCUGGGAGCAGCUGCACAUUACACGGGGGACAAAGCAAGCCCAGACCAAAAUUCUGCAGCUCACACACCACAGUCUACAGCAAAGGUUCCUGGCAGCAAAUCAUCCAGUGACCUGGUUGACCUUUUGUUUGAUGGUGCCGAUCAGUCAGCCUCCACAGGUGGAUCCACUGACCCCUUUGGAGGGUUUGCUGACUUCAACUCUGGAAGUUGUCCCCCCUCACAAGCUCCAAGUGGGAAUGGAGAGUUUGGUGACUGGAGUGCCUUCAACCAAACCCCUUCCACUGGGGAGCUCUUCAGUGGCCCUGCUCAGCCAGCUGUUGAGCUCUAUGGUGGCCCUGCUCAGCCGAACCUUGGCCAGCCUCCAGCAGCUUCAAAUUCUGCUGACCUCUUUGAUUUGAUGAGUUCCUCCCAAGCCACCAUGACCUCCUCCCAAAGCAUGAAUUUCUCUAUGAUGGGUUCUAAUACUGUCAGCCUGAAUCUACCCAUGUCAAGGUCACAGCCUUUGCAAAAUGUUAACCCAAUGAUACAGAAGUCUAACCCACUUUAUGAUCUGGGCACAGAGAUGGUCCAGAAAAAUGCAAGCAAAACUCUGCCAUCGACCUGGUCAGACCCUAGUGUAAAUAUCAGUUUGGACAAUUUAAUUCCCGGUAUGCAGCCUUCUAAGCCCCAACAACCAUCACUGAAUACGAUGAUUCAGCAACAAAAUAUGCAACAACCUAUGAAUGUGAUGAGUCAAAGUUUUGCAGCCAUGAGCCUCAACUCUCCACCCAGCAUAAUGCCUGUUCGACCUCCAGCAAACCCAUUGAUGGGAGGGCCUGUUCCCAUGGGAAUGCCCACUGUGAUGACUGGCACAAUGGGCAUGGCUUCCAUGGGAGGCGCACCUAUGAUGAACCAGGGAAUGAUGGGAAUGAAUGUGAACAUGACGAUUCCUGCUUCUGGAAUGGGUUUGCCAGGUGUGGGUGUUCCUAAUAUAACUAUGGCAUCCACCAUGACUCCUGGAACUGUGCAACCUAAGCAAGAUGCCUUUGCAAAUUUUGCCAAUUUUAGCAAAUAGAUUGUAAACCAGCCAGUCAGAGUGAAUGAAGGAUUUUAGUUGCACAAAUAAAGCUGGGGGUAAGGGUGGAAAAUGCUGAUCAGUUUUUUUCCUUUUGCUUUUAUCACUUACUUUUAAAGAACCCACCUAAAG